AUGGAAGGUCUCGCACGCUCAUUGAAUUUCGAGCUGCCACACGAACUGCCACCCCUGGACAAAUACGCGCAACAAAUACUUGAAAAUAGCAAAACCAUUAUAGUUCCUGCCACACCCACAGCGCCCACCGUACAACUACCUACGUCUACGUUCAGCACAUCCAGUGAUUUUUUGCAAAGAAUCGGAGCGACGCUACUCAAUUCCGUACAAUUGAAAAAAUACGUUAAAUUCGACAAUUCACCGGUUGUUGGGGCUUCCCUGAGUGGCAGGGCAAACGAUAUGGAUAUGUUCGGCAUGCCGCCGCCACCCAAUCAUGUGUCGAUCGAUUCGUCCGGCUUUGAUGCCGUGGACGAGCUGCAGCGCCAAUUGGAGUACGACAAGUUCAUGAACGAGGUGUGGAUCGGCAUUGUGCUCACACUGGUACUCACCUCAAUGGUAUUCUGCGUCUGCUCCUGCUUCCUCUACCAUCAGUUCCGCACGUGGAAGAGAAAUUACCGCAACACUGUGACGCAAUCACGCAACGGACACGAAAGCGAAAUUACGAAAUUACACCCCGGCAUUGACGAUCCCGUGCCCGAAUACACGCUCGUCUCCGGCUUGCCUUCUUACGAAGCUGCACUGGAGCUGCUCAAUAAAUCACCGCAGUCCUGCCUCAUAGUGCACCCGAGCGUCUUCAGCGUGUUCCACGUAAAUGAGAAGGCAACAACUAAUGAGGAACAACCACCUUCACAACCAACAACGCCUCAGUCGCAACUCGUUGAAGUAAUGUCGCCAUUAUUGCCAACAAUGAAUGCCGCACAACAACAACGGCAGCAUGCAACUGGAACAACAACAACAACGGGUAUGGUAAGGGCCGGUAGAGCCUACGCCGUUUUGCCCACUUACGAGGAGGCCAAUAGCCCACACAACUUGUUGCAUGCAGGAACUGUCACUUUGGCAACUGUCAAUGAGAAAUCGGUGAACGUAUGCGCAGGACAAGCGAGUGAAAACCACACAGUUCUUACUAUGCCAACAACAACAACAACAACAACUUCAAUGGUAGCCAGCACAAUAUCCAGUGAGAAUGGUGCGACGCAUAAAAACUAA